AUGGCUAACGAAGGUAAUAAACCGUACGUUCUUGUGAUUGGUGCCGGUGGUGUUGGUGUAAUUGCGACGUUGUCGCUUUUUGUGAGGGAUAAAUCGAUUGUGUCGCUGGUGGUCAGGUCUGAUUACAACCACGUCCUGGAGCACGGAUAUACCAUCGACUCGUGCGACUACGGCAAAUUGGAAAACUGGACCCCUCACCAUGUGUUUAAGGAUACCGCACAUGCUCUAGGUGAGAGUGGUGAGAGUAACUUUUACGAUUACAUUGUCGUGACUACUAAGAACAUUCCUGAUGGCCCCGUGCACUCUAGAGUGCCUCAGGUAAUUGAACCAAUACUGGAACGUUUCAAAGUAGAGUUCCCAGAAAGGAGAACAAAUGUGGUCCUUAUUCAAAAUGGGAUCGAUAUCGAGAGAGACAUUUACGAACGUUUCUCCAGAGACGAGUACAAUUACUGCGUUCUUUCCGGUAUCGAGAUCAUCGGAUCGACGAAAAUUGGACCCGGUCAAAUACACCAGGUAGGUACCGAUUUUCUUUCUAUCGGUCCGUUUGAUAGCAAAGAUGCUGCCGCGAUACGUGCCGCAAAGGAUUUUGUGGAGUUGUAUCACAAUGAGGGCAAAAACAAGGGUGAGUUUGACGAAAGGGUCCGCUACUCAAGAUGGAAGAAACUCUUGUAUAACGCAGCGAUAAACACGACCACUGCGCUGGUCAGCUUGGAUGUUCCCCGGGCUCUUCAGUUUGGCAGUGACCAGAAGUCUACAGAGUUUGAGAUAUUCAGACCUGCCAUGAACGAAAUCAUGGAUAUUGCCGCUGCGGAAGGUAUUUCUCUAGAUUCGCAAUUCAUUGAUUUUUUCACCAACAUUUCCAAGGAUAUUAUGUUUACACCUUCGAUGUGCGUGGACCGUCAAAAGAAUCAAUUGAUGGAGCUAGAGGUCAUUCUAGGUAAUCCCCUCAGAUUGGCAGAAACGUACAAUGUCAAGACCCCGGUACUUAAGAUGUUGUACAAUCUUUUGAUUUUGGUACAGUGUAAGAUUAAGGAAUCUAAGGGGCUGCUAGAGUUUGAUGAAAAGACAUGUAGAGUGGUUGAUCCAAAUUAG